UGUUUAUUGUUAUGGUUUAUUGAAAGCAAAAUGCAGUUUAGAUCAGUGCAAAAUUUAUUAAAAAAUGUUAACAACUGUGCAUAUUACUUACAUCGGAAUUUUUUCCAAAUUACCAAACGUGAUAAGGGCAAAUGGGAUUUAAUUAACGAUACUGGAAAAGUUUCUGUUGAACGGAGCAUACCUGAGCAUAUUGAAAAACCUCCAUACUACUUCAAACAUAUGGAAGCCGGCAACACAUUAGGAACACCAGAAAUAAAAAAUGCGGAGCAAAUCAAGCAAAUGCGCUCGAGUGGCAAACUAGCAGCACAAAUUCUUAGGGAAUGCGGUAGAAUGGCCACAAUUGGAACAACUACCGAUGAGAUAGACGAGUUUGCCCACAAGCGCAUUCUUGCCCAUAAUGCGUAUCCAUCUCCGUUGCGAUAUGCAGGAUUUCCUAAGUCAGUGUGUACAUCUAUAAAUAAUGUAGCAUGUCAUGGUAUUCCAAAUGAUCGACAGUUGGUCGAUGGCGAUAUUAUCAACAUUGAUGUAACAGUUUAUCUGAAUGGCUGCCAUGGCGAUUGCUCAGAAACGUUUCUUGUGGGAGACGUUGAUGAACGAGGUAGAUUCCUUGUGAGUGCCACACGAGAAUGCCUAAUGAAGUGCAUUGCACUCUGUGGACCCGGAGUGGCCUUUAAUGAGAUUGGUAAAUGCAUCGACCUAUUUUGCAGUGAGCAUAAGCUGGAAUCAGUUGCAGCAUUUAUUGGCCAUGGCAUUGGCAACUAUUUUCAUGGCCCGCCCGAGAUCUACCAUUAUGCUAAUGAUGUUCCUGGAGAAAUGCAAUCAGGCAUGACUUUUACAAUCGAACCCAUCCUGUCUUUGGGCCGUGGAGAAAUAGGACUUUUAGAAGACGGUUGGACGGCAGUUAGCUUGGACGAUUCUCGCAGUGCCCAAUUUGAGCACACUAUUUUAAUAACAGAAAAUGGUGUCGAUAUACUCACAAGUGCAGACUAG